ACUUGUUUGGCGGACGACAAGAUGGCGUACUGGGCGACUGUCGCUUACUAAAGAAGUUUCACGAUCUAACGGUUAUUUAUAUUCUCAACGAUUCGUCUUUUUAAAGUACACGAAACUCAGGCUGAGUUUGGAGCGAUGGAGUGUUAUGUGAAGUGAAGAUUGAAGACGUGAUAGAAGAUGGACGACUACUGCUAACUGAAAGAGAUUCAGCGCCACCAACUUCCAGCAAAUUACAGAGAAAAAGACGGAACGUGCAGAUAAAGAUGAACGUCCAGCAGGCAAUUUGUGAUCGAGAAGAACUUCCCUCUCAGUUAGGGGCGAGCUCCGGUCUGAAGCAGGAGACUCCACAGCCACCCCACAUUAAAAAGGAAGAGGAGGAACUCUGCAUCACUCAGGAGGGAGAGUGUCUUCUAGGACGAGAGGAAGCUGAUUACACCAAGUUUCCACUGAGUAUUUUCUCUGUGAAGACUGAAGAUGACGAAGAGAAACCACAAGUAGACAACCUCUUAGCUCCACUAUCAGAUAGUGAGGCUGAAGACGAGAUUGAAGUCACUUUGAGCAGCGAUACAGACUGUGAAGGUGAUAUGAGGACUCACACUGACAACAAACACUCUGAAUGCUCUAAAAAAAAAAAAAGUAAAACUUGUUUGAGCUGCUCAGUUUGUGCUAAAAACUUUACCAAAAACAGCCAAUUAAUUUAUCACACGAGAACGCACACAGGAGAAAAACCAUACAAAUGUUCAGUUUGUGGUAAACGUGUUACCAGAAAGAGCCAUUUGACUGAACACAUGAGAACACACACAGGAGAAAAACCAUAUCGUUGUUUAAUUUGUGGUAAAAGCUUUUCUCAAAAGAGCGGUUUGACUCCACACAUGAGAAAACACACAGAAGAAAAACCAUUUAAUGGCUCAGUUUACUCAGGAGAAAAAGCAUAUAAUUGUUCGGUGUGCAGUCGAAAUUUUUCUCUGAAGAAUUCUUUGCUUCAGCACAUGAGAAAACACACAAGAGAAAAAACAUUUAGUUGUUCAGUUUGUUGCAAGAGUUUUCCUUUAAAGAGGCGUUUGACUGAACACCUGAGAAUACACACCGGAGAAAAACCUUUUACUUGUUCAGUUUGUGGUAGAAGCUUUUCUCAAAUGGGCAGUUUGACUAAACAUAUGAGAACUCACACGAGAGAAAAAACAUUUAACUGUUCAGUUUGUGACAAAAGCUUUUGUCAAAGCAGCAAUUUGACUAAACACAUGAAAAAACACGCGGGAGAAAAAACAUUUAGUUGUUCAGUCUGCGGCAAAAGAUUCCACAGUAAUGUGGAUGCACUAAAACACACGACAACACACGAGGGAAAAUAACCAAUCAGCUGUUUAGUUUCUGGUAUGUUGCUCAUAUGUGGCGACAUCCGCACAAACCCAGGAUCUCCUCAAAUAAGUUCACUGCUUCUUUCACAAAUAUUUGAGGUAUUUGUAUACAAAUUGGGAUUAUCUGGAGCCUAAAUGCAUAUCCUCAUGACCCCAUGUCAUCUGUGUAAUAUUAGGACAAUGCCAUAAAUAAAUGUAGUCACCAAGAAGCCAGCCAUCACACACAAUGCCAGCUUGUAGUCUGUUCCCAACCAUGCUGUUACUUACAAUGUGAGAAUCAUGUGUUGAAGCAGGACACAUCACUACGAUGUUGUUCAUUGCAUUUGCACAUCACUUAUGAUCUCUACACUGAUCCUAUUAAAUAUGUUUCUUGUUGACAUUUACAUAAUCAGCAUGUGAUGGUGCUCUUAUAGCAGCUGCGUCAAAGUGGUUUUCAUUGAGGGCCACAUGGCAGUUAUGGCUGCCAUCAGAGGGCCGUUUGUAACAGUGAAUAAUGUGUGAAUUUUCCUCUGGAUUUCAUUAUUAAUUAUAUACACUACCGUUCAAAAGUAUGGGGUCACCCAAACAAUUUUGUGGAAUAGUCUUCAUUUCUAAGAACAAGAAUAGACUGUCGAGUUUCAGAUAAAAGUUCUCUUUUUCUGGCCAUUUUGAGCGUUUAAUUGACCCCACAAAUGUGAUGCUCCAGAAACUCAAUCUGCUCAAAGGAAGGUCAGUUUUGUAGCUUCUGUAACGAGCUAAACUGUUUUCAGAUGUGUGAACAUGAUUGCACAAGGGUUUUCUAAUCAUCAAUUAGCCUUCUGAGCCAAUGAGCAAACACAUUGUACCAUUAAAACACUGGUGUGAUAGUUGCUGGAAAUGGGCCUCUAUACACCUAUGUAGAUAUUGCACCAAAAACCAGACAUUUACAGCUAGAAUAGUCAUUUACCACAUUAGCAAUGUAUAGAGUGUACUUCUUUAAAGUUAAGACUAGUUAAAAGUUAUCUUCAUUGAAAAAUAAGGACAUUUUAAUGCGACCCCAAACUUUUGAACGGUAGUGUAAAUUGUUCUAAGUGUACUGUGGAUUUUUCAGUCAAAACUUUACAUUUACAACAUUUUACUGUAAAAGAUCAUUUGUUUGUUUUUUUCACAACAUUUUACGGUAAAUGGAAAAACAGGAGUACUGUUUUUUGGUUUUGCUUUUUUUUUUUUUUUACAGGAAAAAGCUGGCAGCUUAUUUGCCAGAAUUUUUGUGUUAAAUUUACAACAUGAUAUUGUUCAUGGAAAAACAGUACAUGUUAUUUUUUUUAUUCUGGCAACUUAGCUGCCAGUUUUUCUACCGUAAAAACGAAUGUAUCGUUUUUCCAUUGACAGUAAUACACCGUUAAAAACAUGAUUUUACAGUAAAAUUAUGGCAGCUCAGUCAACAGAAUUUUAAUGCAAAAAAUUGGUAGGUUUUUUUUUUUCAAUUUACAGUAAUAUGCUGUAAAGGACACCGUAAAAUGUAUUGUCAUUUUUUAUUAAUUUGAUGGGUAGUUUGCUGUAAAAUCAUAAGUCAAGCAGAUAUUUCAGUAUUUAUUUUUAGUUAGACAAAACAUGUUUGGAAAGUAUGAUAAUAUACUGUGACAUUUUUUGCAAUAAUGGAUACUAUUAGUUUAAAAAGUAUGCAAUGUCAAGCAGUACAUAAAUUUUUUUCUGUCAAAAUGGAAAAAAUCAAUUACAUUUAGUGAGAAAAUAUGAAGUACAUAUAAUUUCCGGGUGUUUGCGGGCCAGAUAAAAUGAUGUCGCGGGUUGACACCUGUGCUUUACUAAUGUGUGUGCAGUCAGUAGCUCUAAUUACAAUAGGAAAACAGCUGUUGCUUUAAAUUGUGAUUUAAAGUUGCCCUUUUAUAUGGGAAUUUAAUAUAUCUGACUAACAUGCUGAUCAUUUAAUGUGUUUUUAGCACCACUUUGCCUAUGAUUUUAUAUCCAUUCAUGUAAUUUUACUUACAAGGUGUGUUAAUUGUUCAUAUGUCUCUGAUGUGCAUAUCAAUCAGUCUGAGGAGUAAUUGUUGGACAUCCAUCCAUCCAUUUACUACCGCUUGUCCCUUUCGGGGUCGCGGGGGGUACGUGCUGGAGCCUAUCUCAGCUGCAUUCGGGCAGAAGGCGGGGUAUGUCUUUAUUUAAACAGUUACCCAGCAUCCCCUCUGUGUGUCACCAAAGUAUCCACAGCUUGUAGAAAUGUGCGUACGACAGCCAUGAAGUUGGCGUGAGGCACCGCACAUUUCCGCCUUCAGUUCACUCUCGAUACAUCCCUACUUUGACGUGAAAAGCGCCAGGUUUUUGUGCGUACGCACGCUUAAUACAUGAGGCCCCUGGUGUUGAUGUUUUGUGUCUACAGACCAACAUCAGAUGAUGCACAAAGAAUCUCCCCGAGUUGCAGCACAAAAGCAGCCAAGUUUUCUCAACCAUGAAUUUCUGUCCCAAAGAUGUUGUUAUAAAAUGGUGUUGUCUUGACACGUCAAAGACUAAUUAAUGGCCCUGAUGGGAUCUCAGCAACUCUACUUAAAAAUGUGUGCUGGAGCUUGGUGGUUCCACUUCUUCAUUACUGCCCCCUAUCUGCUGGUGAAUCACUUCCUUACUUUUUUCUUUGUUUGAACAAUUGUUUCCCUUAUGAUGGACGAUCUUAACAACUCUGAUUUUUUUUAAUUUUUUUUUACCAAAAUCAUUGAAACCUUUACCACAGGUGUAUAAAUAAGUAUGUUGAUUUUCUACCAUUUUUACGGAAUUAUUUUGGCUUCUGUGACGUCAUGUGUGUUCACUUCCGGUUGUAUGUAGACACGUCAUGUAUGGAUCUUCAUAUUUACCUUUACUGUAUAGUAGUUGUAGUUUAAUAUUUUGCUUUAUUGUCUGAAAAUGAAUGACAGUUUGACAUCUGCUGAAGAUAUUUUUCUUAUGACCACAUUUUGAAAAGUAUUUGAUUUUAUGAUCACAU